GGACUUUCGUUAACCUCACUUUGUUUAACUUGUUUACUUUUGACCUUUUUCAAUUUUGCAUAAGACGUAUCUUUUGUUAGAAUAAUUGUUGUGACUUUCAUUUUAUAUUUUUACACUUCAAUUGUUGUUUCUCUUUGAAAACCAAUGUAUUUUUGAUAUUGUUGUUUACUGUUAACUCUUCUUCCUUCACCUUUUUUCCCUCCAAUUCUCCAUUUUUCUUCUUCCUUCCACAUUAGUGUUGGUGUCUUUAUGCCUUUCUCUCUCUUUUCUGUUUCCCAUUUCCUUCCGCACUUUCAUUUUCUUCAAUUGUUAUUUGUGAUUUAAUCUCAAGAAAAUUAACUGUCACAAAGUAAUGAGUGAUCAAUGUGAACCUUAUUAAAUUUGGUUUACAUCAAACAUUUACCAGAUUUGCUUGAUCAACAACUACUUCAACUACAACAAUCUGUGAUCAACAUUUCAUUUCCCAUUUCUUAUUGCAUUUAAUUGUUAACCCAAAUUUAUUGUGUUUAACCAAACUGUGAAACGGUUAUGGCGCCUAAUUUGGUUGAAGCAGACACUAAACCAUUGGAUAAUCUUUCCGAGAAAAGUGUCGACUUUUACUCAACCCAAUAUCUAGGUAACUGUAAAGUUGUCAUUGGAACGUCAACAGUUGAAAAAGAUUCACAUUCAAUAAAUAAUGGAUCCACAAUCAAUGGAAAGACUCAAUCACAUGAUACUGGUAAAGUUACAUUGCCAUUGAUUUUAGGCGCUAUCUUUGCUCUUUUAACCUGUUCAAUUCCUUCUGGUUAUAACGUUGGUUCUGUGAAUACUCCUCAAAAGGUUCUCUUGUUUUUUUGUAACUCAACUCUAACUGAACGAGGAAUCACUUUAUCAAAUGAAAGCCUAGCUCUUCUCUGGUCAGUUUGUGUAUCCAUUUUACUCCUCGGAGCCAUUGUUGGCACAUUUUUCACCAAUUAUCUUGCCAAUUCUCUUGGAAGAAAAGGAGCUCUUCUUAUCUCUGGUCUUAUUGGUAUCACUGGUUCCAUCCUAUUUUUUGCAUCAUAUUACUUCAGAUAUGUUGAGCUUCUCCUUCUUGCCAGGUUCAUCUCAGGGAUCCAUUCAGGUCUUACUUCUGGCUUGGUGCCUUUAUAUAUUGCUGAAAUAUCACCUGAAAAGUUGAAAGGUUCAAUGGGAGUUUUGCAUGUUUUGGGCUUAAAUUUUGGCAUGAUAAUUUCCCAGAUUUUGGGUCAAGAAAAUCUACUUGGAACUGAUUUUUACUGGCCAAUACUAUUAUCCUUACCAUGGGUUUUCAUUAUAAUUGGUAUGACUAUUUACAAACCUAGCCCUUCUAGUCCAGUCUAUCUUUAUAUUGUUAAAAGGAAAUUUAGUAAAGCAGCAAAUGCAUUGGCUUACCUUCGUCGGUGUCAUGUAUCAUCAAUGGAAGAAGAGAUUGCUUUAUUACAAAAGGAACGCAAAGAACAAGAAAACAAUAAGUCGGGCUGGACAUUCAUAUCCUUAUUGAGAUCACCUGAAUAUCGUAAAUUGUUUUUGCUGGUGCUUUUACUUCAUAUCGGUCAACAAUUUUCAGGAAUCAAUGCCGUCUUUUAUUAUUCAACGGCCAUUUUUAGUGAUCUUGGAAUGACUAUGAAACAAGCUCAGUAUGGCUCAAUUUGCGCUUGUGGUAUCAACGCAGUCUGCUCACUAAUUGUUAUCCCAGUGUUGGGAAAAAUGCGUCGACGAUCCUUACUCUUUACUAGUCUUUGGGGUGGAAUCAUUUUCCUUAUUGGCUUAACAAUCACCACCAAAAUGAAGGAUUCACUUUCUUGGGCUCCAUUCGCAACCGUGUCUUUCUUUAUGGCAUUUGUUUUCAUUUUUGCUAUGGGAAAUGGUCCAAUCCCUUGGAUGAUUCCAUCUGAAUUGCUACCCCAAUCAACUUUGAGUGUUGCUAUGGGCAUAGGUGGCUUCUCAAAUUGGGCUGCGAAUUUUGCUGUUGGAUUAGGUUUUCCAAUUGCUAAUAGCUGGUUGGGUGAUUCCGUGUUUCUGAUUUUUGUCGCAUUCGGUAUUUUUGAAGCAGUUAUUCUGUAUUUCUAUCUUCCUGAAACAAGUUCGAAUGUUGAUAAAACAUGUUCAACUGAGGCAAUUUUAUCAUAUCCAAGCUUACCCUCACCCUCAACUUCAUCAACUUCAACAGCAACAUCAUCGAUAUCAAAAGACAAGAGCUUUUCCAUUGAAGAGAGUUUAGAGAAUGAUUGUAAAUUUACUGAUAAUAAUUUACAAACUAAUUCUGCAUUACAAAAUUCAUGUUGAAACACAUUUUAUACAAUAAUUUUUCACAACACGUUCAUCUAUUCAUUUUCACUGAAGCCUUUCUUAUCCCACUUUGUAUAAUUAUCAUUUUUAUCAUUGUAUACCUUAGAUUGUUUCAUGCGAAACGUAUUUAACUUGUUUAUAUUCAAUUGUGAUUCACUGUUGAGUCUCAACACUUGUAAUUUUGAAUCAAUCUUUUUUGUCAUGCAUUUUCAUAAUUUUCUUGAACACAACAGUCAGACUUGUCAGUGACAAACAAUGUAAGAAAGUGUUUUUCAAUCGUUUACAAUUUUAUUUACGAAAUGUAUUUUUGAAAGCAAAUAAAAUUUACUAAAAAUAU